UGUGGGAGGGGCCAGCGUGCAUAGCCUCAUCAUGGCCUAAGGACUCCGGACACAAUGGCAAGGAUUAAGGGAUAUAAAUCAGAUCAAGUUCUGUUGCAAUAUGAUCCCUCAACCACAUAAUUCCUGUUUCUGUCUGAAAGCACAUUCUUUGACCUCUCUCAAAGUGUUUCAAGAAAAGGCACAUAUACUUCACACUCUUCUCAACGAUGGACCAGCAGUUCUCUUAUGAGGCCAGUCGCGACAGUUACGAUGAUCGGGGUCUUGCGCAUGGCAUCCCACUGCGGGUGCACCGAGAAGGUCAUCGAGAGACCAAGGGUGCCCUUCGUGCCCAGGCAGACUGGAACCGUCUUGUAAGCCCCAUCAAGGGCUAUAAUGGUGGGUUGGGGCACAAGUACAGUUUCAUGCAGGUCACUGUACCGGGUUGCCUUCCUGAACGCCUGGAGAUUAUCUCUUAUGCCAAUGAAUUUGCUUUUCUAUACGACGAUGAAAUGGAAAGGCUCAUUGACCAUGGCCGGGACCCCGCUCAAUCGCAUGCGAUGGUAGACGCGUUCGGCGUCCCUACCAGCGGAUCGGAAGAACAGCCAUUGUCAUCACCAUCAUCCUCUACAACAUCAUCACGAGCGAAUCGGCUGCAGGCACGAGUUUUUAAGGAGAUGAUCACGAUCGACAAGCCGAGGGCUAUCACCUCGAUGAAAGCCUGGUCGACCUUUCUGCAGUUGGCCUCUCGCAGUCGCGCGUGUCCGGCGCGGACGCUCCGAGAAUAUUUGCCGAUGAGAAUCAUCGAUGCAGGAGAGUUGAUUUGGUUUGGAACUUUGACCUUCGGCAUGGCUCUGACAAUUCCGGAGGACGAAUUGGAAAUUUGCAUGGAACUAGCCCGUCCAGGCUACGCGGCUAUCAGCCUCACUAAUGAUUUGUUCUCGUGGCCGAAAGAGCGGCAGGAUGCGGUACAGGCCAAGGUCGACUAUGUUUUCAAUGCGGUCUGGAUUAUCAUGGAGGAGGAAGGUCUAUCUGAAACGGCCGCCAUGCAGGUGUGCGAGGGCGAGAUACGUCGCUAUAUUGCCGAAUAUGAACAUAUAACAUGCAAUGCGCACCGGCAGCAGAAACUUUCGCGAGAUACGCUGGCAUAUUUGGAUGCUGUACGGUACAGUCAUGUAGGGAAUCUUGUGUGGAGUAUCUACUGCCCGAGAUAUCGAAUGUAGCUAGUUGGACUGUGUGUCAUAAUUCUUAGGUCGUUGAUGAUUUUUGUUUGGCCGUUGGAUUUUACUGAAGUAGACUUUUUGAAAAGGAAUGCUAUACAAUGAUAGUGGA